CCAAGGCACUUGAAACCGGUGUGUGGCACCGAUGGCAACACGUACAGCAACGAAUGCGGGAUCUGCUUCCACAAUGUGGAACAUGGUGCCAGUGUGGAGAAGGAACACGAUGGAGAAUGUGACCCAAAACCUAUCGUGGUUGAUUGCAGUAAUUACCGUAGAGCUGUAGUAGAUGAUCAGGUCAUCGUUGCGUGCCCAAGGAUAAUGAAACCAGUCUGUGGCUCAGACAGCUUCACUUAUGACAAUGACUGCGGGAUCUGUGCCUACAAUGCGUAAGUCCUGUGCAUGGAAUGUC